GCUCCACCAAUAGAUACAAAGGUACAUUUUAGUUGUAGCGGGGAAGACUGGUCUGUGUGAGAUCUGCCGCUUUACAGUUCAAUCAGAACUCUUUAAACCGAACGCCGCAACUAAGCGGCAUUGGGUCUUAUGCGUAUGACGCUUCUCGGCUGACCUGACCGCAUUCUAUUCUUUCCUUCCUUCGUUCUAAGAACGAUAUUGAUCUGUAGUUAGACAUGAAUUCAUACAGGUAGCGAGUAGACUUAUAACGAUGAAGCCUUUUAUCUCGCUCCGAUCACUCGGAAAAGCUUCCAAGUCUAUCGACAUAUUGUAUAAAUGCCAACAUCCCAUUUUGUGUACAUCGCGAAAUCGAAACUAUUCGACGCAUCCACCGAAUGCACGGCUGAACUUACCAACUGAUUUUUCGACAACACCACUAUUAGCACACAGCUCACAGACAGCACUCAGCAACCCUGAGUUGCCACCCGAAGCCAGAAAUGGCACAGCGAAACGAAUGAACCUUUGCCAAGCCAUUACCGAUGCUAUGGCAACUGCACUUGCCGAAGAUGAGAACGUCCUGGUUUUUGGCGAAGAUGUCGCUUUCGGAGGUGUAUUCCGUUGCACGGUGAAAUUGGCAGAGAGGUUUGGGGGCGCCCGUGUGUUCAAUACACCCCUGACAGAACAAGGCAUCAUGGGCUUCGGUAUUGGCCUGGCUGCCGAGGGAAUGCGGCCGGUAGCCGAGAUCCAGUUUGCCGAUUAUGUGUAUCCUGCUUUCGAUCAGUUGGUGAACGAGGCCGCAAAAUACAGAUACCGCGAAGGGAAGACGGGGAGAAACGCGGGCGGGUUAACAGUGAGAAUGCCAUGUGGAAGCGUUGGUCAUGGUGCGCUAUACCACUCGCAGUCACCCGAGAGUCUCUUCACCCAUAUUCCCGGCCUUAGGGUGAUAAUGCCAAGAUCACCACUACAGGCAAAGGGCCUCUUGCUAUCGGCAAUCCGAAGUAAUGAUCCAUGUGUCUUUAUGGAGCCAAAGAUUCUAUACAGAGCAGCGGUCGAGCAGGUGCCAACAGCUGCAUACACUUUACCACUUUCCAAAGCGGAGAUACUCAAGGAGGGCACAGAUGUUACCAUAAUCUCGUACGGGCAGCCGCUCUAUACUUGCAGUGCAGCGAUCGAAAAGGCGGAAAAAGAUUUCGGAAUUUCGAUAGAACUUAUCGAUCUGCGAACGGUAUAUCCCUGGGAUAAAGAAUGUGUCUUCAAUAGCGUGAAGAAAACGGGGAGAUGCAUGGUAGUUCACGAAGCCAUGGUGAACGCUGGAAUAGGAGCUGAAGUAGCAGCAGCGAUCCAAGAAAAUCCGGAUACUUUUAAUACGCUCUCGGCUCCGGUAUCGCGAAUAGCAGGAUGGAGCACUUUCACCCCUCUGGUGUUCGAGGCACUCAAUAUUCCUGAUGUUGCCAGAAUAUACGACGGCGUGAAGAAGCUAAUAGAAUAUUAAAAGAAGUGGUCCUUGCAUCUUAAUUU